GUGCGUCAUCCAUCCGAUACGGGAGAGGGAGAAGCAGCGGAGAGAGAGAAUGGAGGCAAUCUACUUGCUGGGUUCCAUCACCUCCACCAUCGUGACCUCCUCCCUUCUCUCCCUCUCCCUCGCCGCCCGUUCCCUCCUCUCCCGCGUCCUCGCAUCUCCCUCUCCCGACCUAGGCGGUAGCGAACUAAGUACAAACGGCGGCGGUGGCGAUGGGGACGUCCCCGCCGUCCGGCUCUACGAGGGGCGCGUGCGGCAUGCGCGGAGGCGGCCCGUCUCCCACGCCUUCGAGUACCCCGUCCGCUACGCCCUCAUCGAUCUCGACCGCACCCAGCCCCAUCUCCGCCUCUCUCACCUCUCCGCCGAUCGUGCCCGCGAGGUCGCCGCCACCAACGGACCCGUUCUUCUCUUGACUAUACCAGCGAGUGUGGGAUACGAGCAGAACCCUCUCAGCGUUUACUACUGCUAUGAUGUCGUUGGAGAACAAGAACAAGAAGGAGGUGGGUCUUCUCCUCGCCUCAAGAUGUGCAUUGCAGAGGUGACAAAUACGCCUUGGGGGGAGCAAGUGUUGUUUGUGUUCAACCCAGGCUCCGAUUUGGUUGCAAAGCCUCUGCAUGUCAGCCCAUUCAUGGAUAUGCUGGGAAAUUGGAUUAUGCAUGCUGAUGCACCUGGGGAGGAUCUUUCCAUUGCAAUCUCAGUUGAACACCCCACACUUGGAAACUAUUUCACUGCUAUUUUGCAUGCCAAGCAAGUCCACUCUUCAUCCAGUUCACUAAAGCUGGCAACAUUUUUCUGGCUGAUGCCUCAUAAGGUUGCAAUCUGUAUAUACUGGCAGGCCCUCAAACUUUGGUGGAAAAAUGUCUCUUUCUUGCAACAUCCCAAGUACAUAAAUCCUAUGUACAGAGAUGAUGCUCUAACACGGGAUCGGAGACUCUGCUGCUGUCCGAGCAUUGGAAGGAGCAAGAACCAUUCAAUUCGUACGAGUGAUGAAGACAAUAGUUAUAGAUGGUGUGUAUGGAGAGAUGCUCAAUGGCCAUGGUCAUGAGGCUUUUCAGUUGGUCUUCUUGUUGCCUGCUCAUCUUUGUGUUGCCAGCUCAUUUGUUUAUGCUGUCUAUAGUGUAAUUUUUCAUGUACUAGUUAUUUUUGUUGGCAAGCAACACAUCUUCCACGAACUGUUGGGAUGUAUCCUUGUGUGAAACCCUUCACAUCUGACUGUUUUAUCCAGUGAAACAAUGGUGGUUGUAAUGGACACCUAGUUUUGACUCCAUAACACCUGUGGGGCUCUUCAGCCUUUUCUUCUUUUUUUCUUUUUUUAAAAAAAAAUUGUGUAUACUUUUGAUUGUUGCUUACAAAUCACAUGUGCCGUUGUACAUUA